AUGGCGAUUCAAAAGAAGCACGGCAAAGGCCGUCUGGACAAGUGGUACAAGCUUGCCAAGGAGAAGGGCUAUCGUGCCCGUGCUGCCUUCAAGCUCAUCCAACUCAACAAGAAGUAUGGCUUCUUGGAGAAGAGCAAGGUCCUUCUGGAUCUUUGCGCUGCCCCUGGCUCCUGGUGUCAGGUGGCGGCCGAGGUCAUGCCAGUCAACAGUCUGAUUGUUGGUGUCGAUCUGGCGCCCAUUAAACCGAUCCCCAGAGUCAUUACCUUCCAAAGCGACAUCACAACCGAGAAGUGCCGUGCCACUAUCCGACAACACUUCAAGACUUGGAAGGCGGACACGGUACUUCACGACGGAGCGCCCAAUGUCGGUACGGCUUGGGCGCAAGAUUCGUUCAACCAGGCAGAGCUGGCGCUCCAGGCCAUGAAGUUAGCAACAGAAUUCCUCGUCGAGGGUGGCACCUUCGUCACCAAGGUGUUCCGUUCCAAGGAUUACAACCCACUUCUCUGGGUUCUGAACCAGUUGUUCACCAAGGUCGAAGCCACCAAACCCCCCUCGUCCCGAAACGUAUCCGCCGAAAUCUUCGUCGUCUGCCGUGGUUACAAAGCCCCGAAGAAAAUGGAUCCGCGAUUCCUGGACCCCAAGUAUGUCUUCGCAGAAUUAGCCGGUGCGACGCCGAACAACGAAGCCAAGGUGUACAACCCCGAGGUCAAGAAGCGCAAGCGUGACGGUUAUGAGGAAGGCGAUUACACGCAGUUCAAAGAAGUCCCGGCGAGCGAAUUCAUCCAAACGACAGAUCCGAUUGCCAUUUUGGGAAGCUCCAACAAGCUCACCUUUGAGCAGCCAAAGAAUGGGGACGUCGCCUUGGCCGCGCUGGACAAGCUCCCCGAGACUACUCCGGAGAUCAGGACUUGCUGCGCCGACCUCAAAGUUUUGGGUCGCAAAGAUUUCAAGCUGCUCUUGAAAUGGCGUCUCAGAGUUCGGGAGAUUUUUGGGUUCAAGACGAAAACGACGGAUGACGCCGACAAGGAGGAGACUGAGGAGGUCGCCGAAGUGGGCUCCAUGGACGAAGAGCUUAAGAUCCAGGAAGAACUUCAGGCAAUGAAAGACAAGGAUAGCGGCAAGAAGAAGCGUGAGAAGCGAAAAGAAAACGAGCGCAAGCAGCGCGAGAUUGUUCGCAUGCAACUCAACAUGGUUGCACCUAUGGAUAUUGGCAUGGAGGAAGCAGGGCCGAUUGGCGAAGGCUCCAUGUUCUCGCUCAAGAAAGUCGACAAGACGGAUGCAAUGCGCAGACUGGCUCGCGGCAAGAUGACCAAGGUUGCCGACGACGCCAAAAAGGCCCUGGACAACCAACAGGCCCAGGAGGAUGACGAGGACGAAGUGAGUGACGAGGAGGAGGACCGACUCGAACGAGAGCUUGACUCCAUGUACGACAAUUACCGUGAGCGCAAGGCCGAAGCCGACGCGAAAUAUCGCGCAAAGAAGGCAAGGAAAGAACACGGCGACGAUGAGUGGGAAGGACUCUCGGGCAGCGAGAAGGAUGAAAAGAGCGAAUCCAGCGACCUGGACGAGGAAGACUCAUCGGACGACGACGAUGAGGGAGUGUCCCCCAACGGCCUAUUGAGAGAUUUGGACGACUCCGAGCCGGGUGAGAACGGCCUGUCUAAGCGGGCGGCGGCGUUCUUCAACCAAGACAUCUUCAAGGGGAUCACUCUUCCCGGCCUGGAGCAGAGCCAAGAGGCGAGAAAUUCUGUUGCGAACCCCCGGGAAUCCCAGACGACCCGGGGCAAGCCGACGAAUGGUGUCUCGGCUGCGCCAACGACUGCUAUCGAGUCUGAGUCUGAGUCUGACGAUGAGAAUAAGCCGUUCGAGACGGUGAAGAACGGCGAUGAUGACUGGGAACAAGAGACAAAUCGGCGGCCAGACGGAAAGCUGGAUAUCGACAUCAUUACUGCCGAAGCCAUGACUCUCGCACACCAGCUUGCCACAGGGCAAAAGACCAGUCAUGAUGCUGUGGAUGACGGCUUUAAUAAAUGGGCCUUCCGUGAUCGUGAUGGGCUGCCAGAGUGGUUCAUUGACGAGGAAUCCAGGCACGACAAACCUAUGAAGCCCAUCACCAAGGCUGCCGCGCAGGCGAUCAAGGACAAGAUGCGGGCCUUCAACGCGCGACCCAUCAAGAAGGUGCGCGAGGCAAAGGCACGCAAGAAGUUCAAGGCCGCGCAGAAAUUGGAGAAGCUCAAGAAGAAGUCGGAUAUGCUUGCAAACGACGAGGGCAUGACGGAGAAGGAGAAGGCGGAGAGCAUAGCCAAGCUGCUGAGUAAGGCUGCGCGCAAGAAGCCAUCGCAGCCCGCCAAGUUGGUUGUGGCAAAGGGCGUGAACAGGGGUAUCCAGGGCCGUCCGAAGGGCAUCAAGGGUCGGUACCGCAUGGUUGACCCGAGAAUGAAGAAGGAGCUGAGGGCCCAAAAGAGGGUCUCGCAGCGAAAGAAGAGGUGA